ACACCAAAUUCAUCUCAAAAAAAUCAUCAAUCUUGAGAAAAAAAAUGACAUUUAUAGACUUAUUAUUACUCUUUUCACUUAUUCCUUUUUUCUUAAUUUUCUUCCUCAAAUUCCAAAAAGCAAGAAAAAACCCCAUUUCAUCAAAUACAAAAAUACCAAAAUCCUAUCCUAUUAUUGGUUCUUAUUUUUCCUUAUUAGCAAAUCAAGAACAAAGAAUCCAAUGGUUAUCUGAUAUUAUCCUUAGCACCCCUAAACUUACUUUUACUCUAAUUCGACCCCUCAAUUUCCACACAAUUAUCACUGCUAAUCCAUCUAACGUUCAGCACAUUCUCAAAACCAAUUUCUCUGUUUAUCAAAAAGGCCAGAACUCAAACAACACUCUUGCUGAUUUCCUCAGUAAUGGCAUUUUCAACGUCGAUGGCGAUAUAUGGAAGUAUCAACGACAAGUUGCUAGCCACGAAUUCAAUACUAGAUCACUACGAAAAUUCGUUGAAUCUGUAGUUGAUGUCGAGGUAUCUGAACGUCUAGUUCCCAUACUCGCGAACGCUGCUGCUGAGAAAAAUGUUGUCGAUCUACAAGACGUGUUGCAAAGGUUCGCAUUUGAUAACAUUUGUAAAAUUGCAUUUGGUUAUGAUCCAAAGUAUUUGUUACCUAACUUACCUGAAGCAGAAUUCGCGGUAGCAUUUGAAGAUUGUGUUCGAUUGAGCAGUGAGAGAUUUGCUGUCCCUUUUCCGUUGAUUUGGAAAAUGAAACGCGCUUUUGGUAUUGGUUCUGAGAAGAAAUUACGAAUUGCAGUUGGAGAAGUGCGUGAGUUUGCGAAGAGAAUAGUGAGGGAGAAGUUGAAUGAGAGAUCGUCGUUGGAUUCAGCUGAUUUGUUGUCGAGAUUUUUGAGUACAGGGCACUCUGAUGAAGAUUUCGUUGUUGAUAUAGUGAUAAGUUUUAUUUUAGCAGGACGCGAUACGACUUCAGCUGCGUUGACAUGGUUUUUCUGGUUGAUUUCGAAGAAUGCAGAUGUGGAAUCUGAAAUAUUGAGAGAAAUUGGGGGAAAAGAAGAGGAUGUUUCAAUGCGAUACGACGAGGUGAAGAACAUGAUGUAUACUCACGCCUCGCUCUGUGAGAGCAUGAGAUUUUAUCCUCCGGUACCAAUGGAUUCGAAAGAAGUCAUGAAAGAUGAUGUAUUGCCCGAUGGGACAUUUGUGAAGAAGGGGAUGAGGGUUACUUAUCAUCCUUACGCAAUGGGAAGAUCGGAGGAGAUUUGGGGAAAAGACUGGGCGGAGUUCAAGCCAGAGAGAUGGUUGAAUAAGGAUGAAAUGACGGGGAAUUGGAUGUUUGUGGGAAAAGAUCCAUUCGCUUAUCCUGUUUUUCAAGCAGGACCGCGAGUUUGCUUAGGGAAAGAAAUGGCGUUUUUGCAAAUGAAGAGGGUGGUGGCUGGUGUUUUGCAGCGGUUUAAGGUGGUUCCGGUGGUGGAGAAAGGGGUGGAGCCGAUGUUUAUAUCGUAUUUGACGGCCAAGAUGAAAGGAGGUUUCCCAGUUACUAUCGAAGAAAGGAUGUAGUUGUUGGGUAUGUAGCAAGAAUUGAUGGGAAAUAGAAGGAAAGAGAGUAAUUUGAAAAGUUGAGAACUUCAAAAUCAAACUUACAGAUAUUAGAGUGGAAUAAUUUCCUUAAGAGGACACUGUGAGUUGAGUGGACUUGAUCUUCUUCCAAACUAAAAGAUUGUAUCAGUUUCUGGUACGUUUGUUUUAAAUAUUUUCUAAAAUAAAUUUCUGUUCAUCUUGCUUACUGAUUCGACAAAUUUCAAUUACUUCGUGUUUCUGAAUAAUUUAUUACAAUCAGUAAUUUUGGUUUUAAUUACACAAUUUGGUAAACAGUAGUAGUAUUAUCAUGGA